GAGCAUAUUAUAAAACAAACAGUGGCGAAAUUCGGACAAUUGGAUGUACUGGUGAAUAAUGCUGGCAUAGCCACAACAGGACAUAUUUUAGAUAUUGACGUGGAUCAAUUUGACACAAUUUUAAAUACUAAUUUGCGUGCAGUUUUCCUUUUGACCAAGUUUGCCGCACCACAUCUGAUCAAAACGCAAGGCAAUAUCGUAAAUGUGUCUAGCAUCGCCGGUUUGCGAUCAUUCCCGAAUGUGUCUGUUUAUUGUACUUCAAAGGCGGCGCUUGAUCAAUUUACCAGAUGCAUUACUCUCGACUUGGCACCACAUAAUGUGCGCGUUAAUGCUGUCAAUCCUGGUGUUAUAAUUACGGAUAUACAUAAGCGUAUGGGAUUGUCGGCUGAGGAAUAUGAAAAAUAUUUGGAACAUUGUAAGACGACUCAUGCCCCGGGUCGCGUUGGCUAUACAAAAGAAGUCGCUGAUGGCAUUAUCUUCUUAGCUAGUAAUACAUCCAGUUUUAUAACCGGCGCAACUUUGCCCAUCGAUGGAGGGAAGCAUGCAAUGUGCCCACGUUAAAUAUGAGAUUUGAGUCACGUGAAAGAGAAGAGUUUCGAUUGCUGUAAAGUGUUUAAUAUUUGAUUGUGACCUAAUUUUAAAUAAGUGUGUAUGU